CUGGUUGUGGCCAAAGACGAAUGUUAUACAAAUGCGGACUGUUACAAUGAUUUCCUACAGUUGCGUAUCGUGUGUUGUAAAAACGCUCGUGACGUCGACAGAUAUUGUCAGCCUUACAACUGCGAAGGUCGAUACUGUUUGACACAUGGGGAUUGUGGUGGCGAAGGCGCAUGCUGUAUGAAAAACAAAUGUACUAAUUCCCAGAACUGUCCGCGAUGUAAUUCAAGUUCUGACUGUGCUGUUUCCGAGUAUUGCUGUGUGCGAGCACAAGGGAAUGUUUGUCGAAGGAGUUGUGUCGGAGAAAGAUGUGAUGAGAAUAGUGAUUGCACGGGUCCUAAGGAGUAUUGCGACUCGGAUAAUGUAUGUGCAAAAUCAACCAGUUCAACAACAACUACCAAGAAAACACCAGAGCAAAAACCAACACAAACACCAGAGCAAAUCUCAAAACAAACUCCAGACCAAAUUCCUGACCAGAAUGCACCAACCCAGAAAAUGAAUUCGUGUACGAGUACGGCUCCCUUUCCACCUUAUGCGAUUGUAUUUAUAAUACUGUUAGCUAUCAUCGUCCUUAUACUUGGUUAUUUGUUAUACGAUCGUUGUAAAACGAAAUCCCGGCGUGAGACACAAAAUGAUGUAGAAAGGAAUAGGCAAACCCGCUCCCUACCACCAGUCCCGCGGACACAAUCCCUAGGACGAGCACCACCCCCUACCCCCUCCAAUGAUUGCCAUGCUACCAAUGGCCAAAAUAUCUCACAGACUAGACCGCGAACACCACCCCCUACCCCCGACUAUGGUGGUCAUGCUACAAAUGACCAAAAUAUCGAACAGACUGGAUCGCGAGCACAACCCCCUCCCUCCUCGUCACAGACUCAUCCAUACGCGUAUGCGGAUUGCCGUUUUAUUAAUAUGCCACCUGGUGUAUAG